AUGUCUAGGCCUAACAACGUUGGCGCUUCGUACAUUCUCUCGACCGAAGAAGAAAUUAACUUAAAUUUGGAACGUCUAUGGAAAUUAGAAGAACUCGACAAGAACAACAAAGAAAUAACGCCAGAGCAAAUGGAAUGUGAGCAAAAUUUCAAAAAGAAUGUAUCUCGUGAAUCUUCGGGUAGAAUUGUAGUUAAAUUACCCUUCAAGGAAUCUCCUUCAUCCCUGGGUCAAUCACGAAACACGGCUCUCCGACGUUUCUCUGCUCAAGAGCGACGAUUGCAAAAUAAUCUUGAUUUAAAAUCUGAGUAUAAUAAUUUCAUGAGAGAUUACGAGAACCUUGGGCACAUGAGUCUAGUUAAAAAUCUCAAGUUGGACGAACCUCAUUAUUUUAUUCCCCACCACUGUGUACUUAAACCAAAUAGCACUUCCACAAAACUUCGUGUUGUAUUUGACGCUUCGUGUGCUACGUCGUCUGAUACUUCACUCAACGAUAUUUUAAUGGUUGGUCCACAAUACAAGAUGAGCUUUAUCUACUGCUACUGCGCUUUCGGCUACAUCGCUUUGUUGUAA